AGCAGAGAAGCAAAGAAUCGUGUCCUCUUACACAAUCACAGGCUUUAUGCAUUUUUAUCACAAGGAUCAUCUCUUUCCUUGGCUUCGAAUUCAGCUCCCUCUUCUUCUUCUUUAUACACUUUCUUUCUCCUUUUCCUUUUAUUAAAACAUUGUUUCUUUCAAAUCUGAUCAGCUAGUUUUGUUUUAAGUAAUGGUUUUCUUCAUCUUUAUGUAGCAAGAAGAACACAUGUUUUAAAAAGCUUCGAAUCUCUCUCCCUUUGCUUCAUCAAACAUCAUUAAUCACCUCGUGACUCAAGAUUUCAAAUUCCCCUAAACAUUGUUUUAAAAUCUCUUUCUAUUUAUUCUCUAAACACUGUCUUUUACUCUGUUUUUGUUUCUUCUCAACAUUGAAACAAAACUUAUCUAUUUUCUCUUAAAGACUGAAACUUUAUCUGAAAAUGGCUUCAUUAUCAUCACCAUCUUCAUACACAGAGUUAAAAGAUGCUUGGCAUCCAUCAACAACGACAGUGGACACAACAUCAUCAAGCUACUGGUUUAACUGGAGGGUUACGAUCUGCUGCGUAUGGAUGGCUCUAGCGAUGGUGAUCACCGCUUUUCUCAUAUUCAAAUACGAAGGCUUUCGCCGGAAACGAACCGGAAACGGCGCAGACGGAGGGGAGAAAGAGUGGUCGGGGAAUGUAUAUGAAGACGAGACUUGGAGGCCUUGUCUCCGCAAUAUUCACCCGGCUUGGCUUCUUGCUUUUAGAGCUGUUGCCUUCUUCGUUCUUCUCAUUAUGCUGAUCAUUAUUGGCCUUGUUGAUGGACCUACCAUCUUCUUCUACUAUACUCAGUGGACUUUUGCUUUGAUCACUCUCUAUUUUGGACUAGGUUCGCUUCUUUCGCUGCAUGGAUGCUACAAAUACAACAAAAGAGCUGCUGGCGAUAGAGUAGAUAGCGUUGAAGCCAUAGACUCGGAGAGAGCAAGAUCCAAAGGCUCUGAUCAUACUCUUCAACAGACUCAAUACUCUAGUAAUCCAGCUAAUUUUUGGGGAUAUGUUUUCCAGAUAAUCUUUCAGAUGAAUGCAGGUGCAGUUUUGCUUACUGACUGUGUGUUCUGGUUCAUCCUUGUUCCUUUCCUUGAGAUUCAUGAUUAUAGCCUUAAUGUUUUGGUGAUCAACAUGCAUUCUCUUAACGCCAUUUUCUUGCUUGGUGAUGCUGCUUUGAAUUCUUUGAGCUUCCCAUGCUUCAGAAUUGCUUACUUCUUCUCAUGGACUAUAGCUUAUGUUUUAUUCCAAUGGACUCUCCACUCGUUAGUCCAUAUAUGGUGGCCUUACCCCUUCCUGGACUUAUCAUCACACUAUGCUCCACUAUGGUAUUUCUCAGUUGCAGUGAUGCAUUUGCCAUGCUACGGAGCUUUUGCUUUGUUGGUGAAGCUAAAACAUCGGCUUCUUCAGAGAUGGUUCCCUGAGUCUUACCAGAGUCCUCGGUAGUAGCUUGCCAAGAAAGCAACCACGUUUGAUUGGAAGAUUAAUUUAAGUAGACAGAGGGGUUUUUUGUUUGAAAGAUACAUUAAGGAAACCAAAAAAAAGUGUGAAGCAACAAACUCAUGCUUAAUUAUAAAUAUGAUUAAUUCUUUGCUCA